AUGGGCAUUGGUCUUCCAGCCAAGACAUCAAACACGAAAGUGAUACUUAAUGGUGGUCACAAAGUUACGUUCGCUAGGCCAGACGGCUACUUUGCUUUUCACAACGUGCCUGCUGGGACUCAUUUGAUCGAAGUUUUCUCACUUGGCUACUUCUUCUCACCAGUGAUUCGAGUGGACAUGAGGGCCAGGAAUCUUGGGCAUAUUCAAGCCGCAUUGACUGAGAACAGAAGAGUCCUAAAUGAGCUGGUUUUGGAGCCUCUGAAAGAAGAGAAAUACUACGAGAUGAGGAAGGCUUUCAACAUUUUGUCACUUUUGAAGAGCCCCAUGGGUAUGAUGGUCGGUUCUAUGGUCGUAAUGGUCUUUGUUAUGCCCAAGAUGACGGAGAACAUAGUUUGA